UUUAUCUUUCGCAAGAAAACUCUUCGACGUCCCCUUCGUCGAAAUCAGUUCCCACCCAAACCCUAACUCCCUUUCUAUUUUGCUCUCAGAAACCCCAAAUCUCGAUUCCUCUUUCAUCAAUCGAAACCUAACCCUAAUUCUUCAAUAUGCUUCUCUCUCCUGGCCAAUCUCCGCGCCACCUCUCAUCCCCUUCACCAUCCACAAUUUCUGAUAAUACCCUCCAAAAUCGAAAUUCGGAUUCAACCACCACCAGAAACCCUAAGAGCCAAAACCCCAAGGUACUAGACGAGGACAGUUAUGUGGCGGCGAUCGAGAAGAUCAUCGAGCGGGACUUUUUCCCAGACAUCUCGAAGCUCCGGGACCGGCUCGACUGGCUCGAGGCGAUCAAGACCGGAGACCCGGUCCAAAUUCGAGACGCCCAGUUGAAGAUCAUGGAGCGCCGUGGCGGAAAGGUAAAUAUUCCCAACCCCGAGGGCAAAACUCACACACCUGGUUCCACUUUCGGACGAAAUUUCACUCCUUUCGAUGAAUUCGAUGCUAAAACCCCGAAAACCGCGAUGAAUUUUAGCGCUUCCGGUGGGGAAUUAUCCGGUGGUGGCGGGAAUGGAAACGGUGAGGUCGACGCGUCGUUGUCGUUAGACGAGUUCUUUAGGCGGUAUACGAGCGAGGACAACUAUAGUUUUUCGAAGAUUGUAGAGAAAGUUAAUAGGAAGAGGAAAGAGAGAUAUGAGUAUUUGUUAGAAGGUGAAAAGGAAGAAGAUGUUGAGUCAAUUGAGGGUGGUGUGAAGAGGGAGAGGAUUAGUACUGAUGGGUAUGGUACUUCAGACCAACCGGUGAGUACAUUGGAAGGGUGGAAGUAUUCAGCGAAGAAUUUGUUGAUGUAUCAUCCCUCGGAUAGAGGUGAGGCCCCAUUGACGGAGGAGGAAAUGGCAGUUAGGUUAAAGGGUCUAACAAAGGAAAUCAGUCGUGCCAAUACAAGGUUUCAUGGUAAAAUGAUGGAUUCUAGGCCAAAAGAGGACGGGAAGGUUGAGGUUCUUUAUACACCGGUCGCAGGGGGGACUCCAAUGCCAGUGUUUGAUAGGGAUGGGGAUAAAUUGAAGAAGUAUGAUUUGGAUGAUUUGAGGAAGACUCCAAAUCCAUUUUAUGUGGAGUCAGGGAAGAAAGCGGAGAAUGGGUAUAGUUUUAUUAGGACUCCCUCGCCUGCACCUGGGGUUGAUGAGUCGCCAUUUAUUACGUGGGGUGAAAUUGAAGGGACCCCAUUGAGGUUGGAGCCUGAGGAUACGCCGAUUGAUAUUGGGGGUAGUGGUGAGGGGCCUCAUUAUAAGGUUCCACGAGCACCUGUUAGGGAUGAGAAGGCUCACUCGCUGUCGAGGGAGGCUGCACGCAAGCUGAGGGAGAGGUCAAAGAUGUUUCUGAAGCCUCCACUUCCGUCCCCUGUUAGAGGAGGAAGUGCUAGUCCAAGUGUGCGGACACUUUCUCCUGCUGCCCAGAAAUUUGUAAGGAAUGCAAUUGCAAAGUCUUCCUCUACUGUUGAUGAAACUCUUCGGGCCAGUUAUCGAGGUGCAAGCCCUGGUUUGGCCACUCCUAAAAGUGGAAGGAGCAUUUCAAGGUUUGGUCCAGAUGGGAGUAUGGAUUCCAGAUCACCUUCUGUAAGAGAGGGUUCUAAUCCCCCUUAGUUAUUUUUAAUUGUUUUGUGUAAUAUUUUGAUACUUUCAUUCAAUAAAAGGCUGUUUUAUGACUGUA